CCGCCCCCGCGGACGCUGACCGGCUUUGGGCGGGCGGCUUCGAAGCCAGUCCACAUUUUGAUACGGAUCAGGAUACUCGUUUCAUUAGUGUUCAUUAAAUUGCACAUCUUAUCAAGAUGCCCGCUAGAAACAAGGAACAAGAGGAGGAAGUUCUGGUCUGGAUCUACACCGUACUUGGGGAGCCCCGUCCGAAGGGGGAAUAUGAGGACAUCCUCAAGGAUGGCACUGUGCUGUGCAAACUAAUUAACAAAUUAGCUCCUGGAUCAGUCAAAAAGAUUCAAGAGAGAGGGACCAAUUUCCAGCUCAUGGAAAACAUCCAAAGGUUCCAGGCAGCUGUUAAAAAGUACGGCGUUCCAGAAGAGGAAAUUUUCCAGACGGCUGAUCUAUUUGAGAGGCGUAACAUUCCUCAAGUCACCUUAUGCUUGUAUUCACUUGGCAGAAUUACUCAGAAACACCCAGAAUACAAUGGUCCGCAGCUAGGACCUAAGAUGGCGGAAAAGAAUGAACGAACCUUCACGGAAGAACAGCUUAGAGCGCACAACGCUGAACUCAAUCUCCAGAUGGGUUAUAAUAAGGGCGCUUCUCAGUCCGGCCAUGGUGGAUUUGGCAACACCCGCCAUAUGUAAUUACCUAACUAAUAACAUAUCAUCACCACGUCAAAUAUUUAAGACCAGCGCCGACUUAUUCGGUAAAUCAGUAUUUUUUCAAAACUUUAGCUAAUUUUAUCUUUAAACUUCUCAGGGUAAAGUUUCUUGUUUUUCCUAUGUUGUUCGAUGAAUGUUUGUUAUUUUUUUUUUUAGUUAUUUUUUUUGUUAUUUUGAUUGCACUUUCAAGCAAUGAAUUUAAUAAAGGGGAAAUGCAAUAUUUUUUUUCUAAAAAACUAUUUGAGCUAAGACCUUUUUACCUGACUAAUCUAAUUUUGUACAUAUUUUAUAUUAUUUAAUAAAAAACGUUUUGUAUAA